AUGUGUGUUCAGUUGCACAAUGAUCAAUCUGCAGAUCGGUUUUCAAAGCGAUUGUUGAAAAUCGGAAAUGGUAAAGUUCGAAUCGAUAACACAAAUGGUUUAAUUAGUUUGCCUAACAAUUUUUUUACAAUUCUCCAAUCAAAAAAAGAAUUGAUUGAACCACUGUUUCCAAAUAAUGUUCAGAAUCACAGGAAUCACAAUUGGUUGAGUGAACGCGCAAUUCCGGUAACAAAAAAUGUGCAUGUCAAUGCUAUCAAUUAUCUCAUCCUAGAAAAAUUGCCUGGUGCAGUGACAUCAUACAAAUCUGUUGAUAGCGGAUUGAAUGAAGAUGAUGCAGUCAACUAUCCAGUUGAAUUUUUAAAUUUGUUGGAACCACCCGGUAUUCCGCCGCAUUGCUUGAAUUUGAAGGUCGGCUCAUCAAUUAUUUUACUACGGAAUUUGAAUGCACCAUAA